AUGUCAACUAUCGAUACAAAAAAAUUGAAGAAAACACGAGCCUCGCUACGGGGUUUACUCACAAAACUAGAAAAUUAUAUCACGACUAACGAAACAAUCCCUCAAGAAGAAAUUCAGUCAAGACUUCAAUCACUUCAAGAAACAUUACGAAAAUUACAAGAAAUUCAACACGAAAUAGAAACAGAAUCACCAGAGGAACAACUUAAUGAAGAAAUAGAAACAAGGUACGACUUUGAAGAGAAAUGUACAAUUUUAAAGACCAAACUUUUGAUACUACAAAACAGAAAUCACGAACCCACCGCAGCACUACAGCUAUCCCCAUCACCUUCGAGCACCAAUUCACGUCAAGACAGAAAUCCCAAAAUGAACUUUCAACCAUUUCAAGAAAAGGAAACCUUUAAAAAUUUUACGAAAAGAUUAACAGUAUAUUUCUUAUUAAACAACAUUGAAGACCCUAAAAUUAAAGUAUAUAUAUUACUAUCGGCGUUAUCUCCUGAACUUCAUGAAAAGUUACACGACCUAUGCUCUCCUGAGGAUCCAAUUAAUAUGAACUUUAUAGAACUUACUCGUACACUAGAUGACCACAUAGAUCCAAAACCGAGUGUAUGGGCAUUACAACAUAAAUUUAUUACACGGGUACAAAAAGAGGAUGAAACAGUAGCAAUGUACGCCUCCGAAUUAAAGAAAUUGUCCAACAACUGUGAAUUCAAAUGUCAAAACUGCCAUAAACCAACCUUAGAAAGCUUCAUAUCACUGCAAUUUAUCCGAGGAUUGAAGGACAGUGAUAUAAGAAUAAGAAUCCUACAAGACCGAGAAACUCCACCUUUUACGAGAUUGGUACAAAUAGCUACAUCCAUGGAAAUGGGAAAAUCGGAAAACAUACGAAUGUCUACAGACAUCCACAGAUAUUCUGACAGCCUCAAUAGAAUUACAAAUAUAACAAGUAAAAGUAAUUAUGCUAAUACAUCACCAUCUCAAAUACAAAAUCGAAGACUACCAAUAACAAUAAAAGAAUUGAAAGGAAAAUGCUACCGAUGUGGAAAAAAUGACCACCAGUCUAAAGAAUGUGGUGCUCUAAAAUCCAUUUGCAUGAAGUGCAACAAAACGGGUCAUCUAGCGCGUGUUUGUUUACAAAGAAACCUAAAUAUGAAUAAAUUAGAUGAUACGACAAGUAAUACGAGUGAUGACAACACGGGGGAUAUUAAUCUCAUGAAAAGUGAAAUAUCAGAAAAAUACAUGAUCCCAAUAAAAAUUGAGAACAUACCAAUCAAUAUGGAAUUUGACACUGGAGCAACAUUGUCAUCAAUAUCCCUGAAACAAUUCAAGAAAUUGAAUAUCAGAAACCGAAUAUUCAAAACUGAUAUGAGAUUAAGAACAUACACUGGAGAAAUUAUUAAACCCUCAGGAGUUACUUACGUCAAAUAUGCAUAUAAAGAUCAGACCUUUAAUGGAAAAUUAUAUAUAAUCAACCAAGACGUUGACGCAAUUUUUGGCAGAAGCUGGAUGAAAGAACUUACAAUAAAAUUAUCAGAUAUCAAUAUAAUACGAAAUUCAGAACCAUCUACGAAUCUUGAUCAAUUAUUAGAAGAAUAUACGAACACUGUAUUUAGGACCGACUUAGGAAAAAUACCAAAUUACCAAGCUCAUCUGAAUCUCAAGGAUAAUAUACAACCUAUAUUUAUUAAACCUCGUCGUAUACCGUAUGCUUUAAAGGAAAAAGUUGAUGUAGAGAUAGAGCGACUAUGUUCAGAAGGAAUCUUAACUAAAGUGGACCAUGCGGAAUGGGGAACUCCAAUCGUACCGAUCAUAAAACCUAACGGCACUAUCCGUUUAUGCGCAGACUAUAAGGUAACCCUUAACAAAUGUAUCAAGGAUGAACAAUACCCAAUCCCCAUAAUUGAAGACAUAUUCGCAGAAAUGAAUGGAGGGAAAUACUUCUGUACCUUAGAUAUCAAACAAGCCUACCUAAAUUUAGAAAUGGAUGAAGAAAGCGCCCUUCUACAAACGUUAAGCACACACAAGGGAACUUAUAAAGUAAAUCGAUUGAUGUUCGGUGUUAAGGUAGCACCUAGCCUAUGGCAAAAAUUUAUGGAUCAAUUACUUCAGGGACUAGAUGGAGUCAAAUGCUUUUUUGAUGACAUUAUUAUUCAAGGAACCUCAGAAGAUCAACUCCUAUCACGACUGAGACAAGUUCUUCAGAAACUCAAAGAGAGUAACCUGCGCGUCAAUAGAGAAAAAUGCAACUUUUUUAAGCGAAGUAUUAAUUACCUAGGACAUAUAAUAGAUGAAGAUGGACUACAUAAAAAUAAAGACAAAGUGAAGGCCAUUAUGAAAACAGAGAGACCAAAAAACGUAAAUGAAUUAAGAACCUUUCUUGGUAUGGCGAAUUAUUACAAUAAAUUUAUACCCAACUUAGCCUCAAUAACAAAUCCCCUAAAUGAAUUACUAAAGAAAGAAAAGGAAUUUCAAUGGUCCUCCAAAUGUGAGACAAGCUUUAAUAAAAUUAAACAGGAGAUAUUGAGUGAAAGAGUACUCAUUCAUUUCGAUCCCAAAAAACCAUUGAUAAUAGCCACGGAUGCUUCUCCAACAGGAUUAGGAGUUGUUUUAUCUCAUAAACUAAAGGAUGGAUCUGAAAGGCCAAUCGCAUUUGCUUCUCGAUCACUUUCAACUAGCGAAAAGAAAUAUAGUCAAAUCGAUAAAGAAGCUACAGCCAUCUUUUGGGGUAUAAAAAAAUUUUUUCACUACUGCUACGGUCGGAAGUUCACACUGAUAACUGACCAUAAGCCUCUUACCUCAAUCUUUCACCCACACCACACACUUCCAGCCCUAAGCACAAUGAGACUGUUCCAUUACGCACAUUUUCUAUCAGGAUUUGAUUACGAUGUAGAAUACAGACCGGCAUCAAAACAUUCAAAUGCUGAUUAUUUAUCAAGAUUUCCAGUGGAAUAUGUAAAAGAAAAUUCUAGAGAUCAACACUGCACAUUCCAACAACAACAAAUUAAUACGCUUGAUGUCCGACCAGAACUUAUAGCUAGAGAAACAAAAAUAGAUGAAGAACUUAAAAUAUUAUUGGAAGCACUAAAAACAGGUCACUCAGUACGACAACAUGGCUAUAACGAUAACGAACUUACACUUCAAGACAAUUGCAUUUUGAAAGGAACCCGAGUUGUAAUACCGCACAGCCUACGUAGCCGUGUUCUUGACGAACUACACGAAGGACAUAAUGAACCCCCAAAAGCGCCACUACACCAUUGGGAGCAACCUACAGAACCCUGGCAACGACUGCAUAUCGACUUUGCCGGACCUGUACAGGGUUACCAACUUUUAGUUGUCAUAGAUGCCUUCACAAAGUGGGUUGAAAUCUAUCCUACUAAGAUUACUACAAGUUCGUGGUGUAUUACUAAACUGAAAGAACUGUUCACUAUAUUUGGAAUACCACAUACAUUAGUAUCAGAUAAUGGACGACAGUUUAUAUCUCAAGAAUUCGACUGUUACCUUUCCAACUGUGGUAUAAAACACUCAAAAUCAGCUCCCUACCAUCCAGCGACUAAUGGCCAAGCGGAGCGCUAUAUACAAACAAUAAAAAGGGCGCUACGUGCAAUGGAGGGGGAGAGGGGUGACAUUAAUGAUAAACUUCUGACCAUUAAGACACGACUCAGACGUACCCCGACCUCCAAUGGUCGAACACCAUAUCAGCUUCUGUUCAAUCGAGACAUUAGAACCAAGCUCCAUGUCAUGUUCCGUACCACACCACCACUAGCGGUAGCUGAAUUGAACAACAGGCCUCCUGUCAAACAAAUGUAUAUAACAGGUGACCGGGUCCAGGCUAGAAGCUACUCUGUACGCGGGCCAAAAUGGGAAUUUGGCAAUAUAGUAAAUAGACUGGGACGAUUGCACUACGAAGUACAGACCGACCAGGGAGCUGUGUGGCGUAGGCACGUGGAGCAGUUGUUACCGGCUCCAGGAGUCCAGCAGUGCAGAAUAGCGGCGGAGGACUGUUAUAUACUGGCCACCAGUCGCUAG